GAAAUCCUCGGUUGCACCUAUGGUAGAAAAGUGAGCUUUCUUAAUAUUUUGUGAAUGAAUUUUUAUGCAAUUCUCUGAAGAAACAUACCAAACACAGCUCUAGAUAAGAGUUCUCAAACUCAAAUUACCAGGAGGACUAGCCCAAGGGCUGCAACACUGAAGUCCUGCCUCACACAAAGACAAAACUCUCCAGCACAGCCAAAAUGAAAUACCAAACACAAAUUCCCAACAACCAAAUUUGUAAACAUGGCAGGAACAAGCUAUAGCCUUUGUAUCAUUGAAUUUAUUUUCUGGUUUCAGGUUCUCGACAUUUCUUACUGAGAUUCCUACAUGAACCUUUGCAGUGUUCUGAUGGUUGGACUUCAAGACCAAGAUGCCACUAAGGAAUCACAGAGACACCCGUUGCCAAGAGGUGGUUUGCUUUGCAGUAUUUUGCAGAAUUAUUACACUUCUUCUUCAGGCCCUUUUCAAUCUCCUGAUUCCUGACCACGCUGCAGAUGCCUUCUCUCCUCCCCGCCUGUCCGACCCUGGGUUCUGUGACUGGCUUUUGGAAUGGUUCCUGGGAGGCCUUUCCCAUUGGGAUGCAGAGCACUUCUUGUUCAUCGCCGAGCAUGGCUAUGUGUACGAGCACAACUGUGCCUUCUUCCCCCUUUUCCCCCUGAGCCUAAAAGUGGCAGCAAGCGUUAUUCUCUGGCCCUUCCAAGGCUUUCUGUGUCUCCGGAGCCGUCUGCUCCUUUCCGCGGUUCUGCUCAAUGCUCUUUUCUCUGCCUUGGCAUCUUGGACCCUGUACAAGCUCAGCUGCGUGGUCUUGCAGUGCCGAAGGAGGGCUUUUCUGUCGGCCAUCCUCUUCUGCCUCACUCCGGCUAAUAUCUUUAUGGCAGCUGCUUAUUCAGAAAGCAUGUUUGCCUUCCUAGUUUUUGGUGCCUUGUGGUGGCUAGAGAAAGGGCAUCGUUGGAUUAGCCUCCUCCUCUUUUCAUUAGCCACUGGGGUACGUUCCAAUGGGCUAAUCAAUGCAGGAUUCCUCCUUUAUUCCCAGACAAAACUUUUUGCUUUCAAGGCUCAGGCAAGGGCAAGAAGUGGGGUAAAACCACUGCAGAACAUAGGUCAAUUUCUAAACCUGGCUGCUGCUUUGGUGCUGAUGUCUGCCACUGUGUUCCUACCUUUUGCUUUGUUUCAGUACUAUGCCUACCUUAAGUUCUGCAAUCCCAGUGUUAGCCUUGGAUCUGCUAUACCAAAGCCGCUGUUGCAGUUGGCUGAACUCAAGGGGUAUCGUGUAGCAGCUUCAGAUGGUGGGAAGCCACCGUGGUGCUCAUGGAGCUUUCCUGUGCUCUACACCUACAUACAAGAUGCCUACUGGAAUGUUGGCUUCCUCCGAUACUUUGAGCUCAAACAGAUCCCAAACUUUCUACUAGCCUUCCCUGCUAUUGUGCUGAGCUCUUGGGCAGUCUGGUUGUAUCUCGCUGCCAACCCCUGGCACUGUCUAACACUUGGUCUGGUGAGAAGGAAGAGCGCAGGCACACAAGAAUGUGACUCGCACAAGCCAGCAGAGGGUUUUUGCUCUCCUGGUGUAUUUGUCUAUGUGGUCCACGCAGCAACUCUGUUGGUGUUUGGGACCUUUUUCAUGCACGUACAGGUUCUUACCAGAUUUCUGGGUUCUUCUUCUCCAGUCCUUUAUUGGUUCUCUGCUCAUCUGCUUUAUGACAAUGAACCUUUGCUACAGGAUGGAUGCUCACCAUCCAAGCAUGGAGAACCUCUUUCUGAGAAGUCUUCUUUGGAUAAUUUCCUUCCUAACUGCAGUAGAAAUGUAAACCCUGUGCUGGUGCUCCUGAGCAAGUGGAAGCAGAGCAGGAUUAUCACAAAAUGUAUUUUGGGAUAUGUACUUUCCUACUGGCUGCUGGGGUUGGUCCUUCACUGUAAUUUCUUUCCUUGGACAUAACCAUUUUAAGUCUAUAUAAAUAUACUGGCUGAGCAGAGUAAAAAUCUAACAUUAUUCAAAGA